CCACUGACCUGUCACUCAGCUCUUGACUUCCUGUUGCUCUCUCUUCCUCUAUAUCCCUGGUCGGGCCCCAUUCGUGGUGUAUCUGAUUCCUGCUCUGUGCUUGCAGUGCUGUCCCCUGCCCAGGCCAUUGUGGUUUACACGGACAAGGAGGUCCAUGGUGAAGUGGGCUCUCGGGUGACCCUACACUGCUCCUUCUGGUCCAGCGAGUGGGUCUCAGAUGACAUCUCCUUCACCUGGCGCUACCAGCCCGAAGGGGGCCGCGAUGCCAUCUCGAUCUUCCACUAUGCCAAGGGGCAGCCCUACAUCGACGAAGUGGGGACUUUCAAAGAGCGCAUCCAGUGGGUAGGGGACCCUCAAUGGAAGGAUGGUUCCAUUGUCAUACACAACCUGGACUAUAGUGACAACGGCACUUUCACCUGUGACGUCAAAAACCCACCGGACAUAGUGGGCAAGACCUCUCAGGUCACGCUCUACGUCUUUGAAAAAGGUGUGAGAGAAAAUGGGCGACGGGAAUCAGGGAGGCAGUACCAAGCAGCCCAAGGCCUUGAGAGGACAGAAUCGAAAGGCUGGGGGAAGAGGCAAAGAGCCGGGCCUUGUGCCCUUCAGACUCUGGGGGGGUGGGCGGAGAGCAGCCACGGGCCUAAAUUCUCAACCUCAGGGAAUAGAUGUGGGGGCUGGGAACUAAAGAUGCAGGCCCUGUUCAUUCCCUCACUUCUUUCCCCUCCUCUCCCAGUGCCAACUAGGUACGGGGUGGUGCUGGGAGCUGUGAUCGGGGGUGUCCUGGGGGUGGUGCUGUUGCUGCUGCUGCUUUUCUACGUGGUGCGGUACUGCUGGCAACGCAGGCAGGCCGCCCUGCAGAGGAGGCUCAGUGCCAUGGAGAAAGGGAAAGUGCACAAGCCUGGAAAGGACACUAAGCGCGGCCGGCAGGUUAGCUGGACUUGGGGCCCCGACCAGCCGGGGAGAGCCCUGGCAGCAGUGAGGGGUGGGAUAGGCCUAGUUAAGGCCCCCUGGCCGGUGACUGAUGUGUGCACUCCUCCCCCCCAGACGCCAGUCCUGUACGCCAUGCUGGACCACACCAGAAGCACCAAAGCUGUCAGCGAGAAGAAGCCCAAGGGGCUGGGGGAGUCUCGCAAAGAUAAGAAAUAGCGGUUAGCGGGCCGGGCGGGGGAUCGGGGGACAGAGGCGGAGCCCUCCAGAAGGUCUAAAAAGGUGGUGGUCAUCGAGAUGGAGCUACAGAAGGAUGAGCCCAGCUCAGAGCUCCGCCCUGCUGUCAAGUCCCCCAGCAGAACCAGCCUCAAAAAUGCCCUCAAGAACAUGAUGGGCCUGGACUCGGACAAGUGAUCACCACCCCCUCCCCGGGCCCUGCAGAACACGGGGACCUAGGCUCCUCUUACCCCCGUCUAGGUGCUUUUCUCCCUUGCUCCUCAGCCCUGCCCCCCUUUCUCCUCCUUUUGAGAUGUAAGUUUCAUUCCAAAAUCCAUUCCCCAAUCAUUCCUAUUCUCCUCCACCUUCAACCCCGGCUCUCUGAGAGCCCAAAGCCUGAUUCUACCCACCUACCCCAGCCCUAAGGACUGUGUGUUUGGUGCCUGUCUCUUCGGCACCGAGAAGAAAGGGACCUUGAUUAUGCACUCCCCAACUGCAGGCCACCUGGCAUUCCCUUCCCUUGCACCCAGCCUGUCCCUCUGGCUCUUUCCUGUCUGCUCAGCCCCUGCAUCAGGUGGCCCAACCCCAUA